UUGCAGAGGAGAGUGGCCGUGUGUGGCGGGAGGAGCAGCCUGACCCCGCUCUCCAGGUUGGGGCCCUGUACUUGGACGAGGAGGAGGCUGUGCAGGGCCAUCCUGGACAGGAGAGGGCGGUGGAGCCGGCCGAGGCCUCUCUGGGGCCGGGCACUCGUGGAGAUCCCGUGCUGGUGCUGUCGGUGAUUCCGGGGGCAGCUGAGGACCAACGGAGCGCCGAGGCCCGAGACGGCACCUGCAGCACACUGGGAGAGGAAGACCCGAGCUGCAGCCAGGAGAGCCUCUUCGCGCUGCACCGUGUGGGUGGCUUCCCGGAGCGGGAAGAGGAGUACUACGCCGAGCCUGGAGCGGCGGAGGCCGAGCCGGUCGCCACCGAGGAUGCCAACAGCACCGACAGUCUCAAGUCCCCCAAGGUGAACUGUGAGGAGAGGAAUGUGACCGGGCUGGAGAAUUUCACCCUGAAGAUUUUAAACAUGUCCCAGGACCUUAUGGAUUUUCUAAACCCAAAUGGUAGUGACUGUACGCUGGUCCUCUUCUACACCCCGUGGUGCCGAUUUUCUGCUAGCCUGGCCCCUCAUUUUAACUCUCUGCCUCGGGCAUUUCCAACUCUUGGCUUUUUGGCGUUGGAUGCCUCUCAGCACAGCAGUCUUUCUACCCGAUUUGGCACUGUAGCUGUCCCUAACAUUUUGUUAUUUCAAGGAGCUAAGCCAAUGGCAAGGUUCAAUCACACUGAUCGAACACUGGAGACUCUGAAGACCUUCAUUUUCAACCAGACAGGUAUAGAAGCCAGGAAAAAUGUGGUGGUGACACCAGCUGACCAAAUGGGCCCUCUCCCCAGCACACUGAUAAAGACCGUGGAUUGGCUGCUCGUAUUUUCCUUAUUCUUUUUAAUUAGUUUUAUUAUGUAUGCUACCAUCCGGACUGAGAGCAUUCGGUGGCUGAUUCCAGGACAAGAGCAGGAGCAUGCAGAGUAGAGACACAGCUAAAGGGGAGAAGAGGAGUCCCAGCCGCACUUAAGCUUCAGGGAGACAACGCCCGCAAUGCCGACUUACAAGGAAGUCAGAUUCAAGAAUUGUGUUCUUGGCGAACUACUGAGGCUAAAGAGAUGACAUAUAAAUGUGUUUUCACGGUGACAGUUUGCAGAUGCAAAAGUAUUCUCUAGAGUUGACCAUUCUUGUUUCUAAUGCUUGAAUACAAUGAAUUUCUCUUCUAAUGUCAUAAGCAGGAAAGUGACUAGCAUGGGUGUGGGCCUCUGAGUGGCACCUGAUGGAAAAUAAAAGGUCACGUGCCCCUUGUUGUGAUCUCUGCUUUAUCUGAAUUCAAAGAGGUUUCACUUGUUUCUAGGAAUCGCAGACAGCAGGAAAAAAUAAAAGUUCUAAUUAAAACAUGUUAAUUCUGUGC